AUGCCGCGCGCCAUGGCCUGGCUGUCGCGGACCUCGCAGAGGCCUGUUCUUCUGCUUUCUGCUGUGAGGGCGAUCGAAGGCCUCGGUCUCGAUGUCCAGCAAGCUGUUAUCAGUUGCUUCAAUGGAUUUUCCUUGGACAUCUUCAAGGCUGAGCUAUGCAACGAAGGCCCUGGGCUUCUGCCAGAAGAGAUCAAGUCCGUGCUCCUGCAAUCCGCUGGGUUCCAUGGCGUGAUGCCAUGA